AACUUUGUGUUCUAGCAUUGAACUCGACGCAUCCGUGCAUUGUCGUCGGAUUGAACAAGUGUCUAAUUCGAAUUUUCUACAGAUUCUGAAUGCAGCUCGCCCAGAUCAUCAGGUGACUAAUCGAUUCCCAUGCAUAUUAAGACUGAGUGAGAGUCCGAGACGAUGUUUUCCGCAGCGCUUUUAACAAGACAACUUAACACACCAGCAGCAAAGGCCUGGACCUGCCAAAUAUGGAAGCACAGAUUAACAUGGUCACACAAGAAUUUCUUCCACACCAAAACCAUCAAAGUGCCCUUAGAGAGUAUCCCAAACUUCUGGUGUGGCAGGCUAGCUCUAAGGAGUCACAGAUGUCAAGGAAUUAAAGAUGGUGUCCAUAGGAAUAUAUCGUUUCUUCCAUGCUUGAGGACAUUCAGUCAGUACUCCAAGACGGAGGUUAUGAGGGACGUGCUGCUCUACAAAAGUGACAAGACCACUUUCUUUCGGAUCCUAGGAGUGUUUGCAUGUGCGCAGGUGUUCUUCUGGGGUUACCUGACUCACACAGCCUUCCUGACCAUGAAGGACACUGAUACAUACAUGAAGGUCAAGUACGGAGAGGAAGGUCCACCGACGGAAGUGAAGAACUGGAAGUCCUGGUCGGGAAUAAGGGUGCAACUAAGCUCGGGAUUAUGGCGGUACACUAUCACAGCACUCAGCAUGUGUGCAGGUUCCAUCAUUUUCAUAGCAUCCUUGGUAUAUUCUCGGAGAUCAAUAUACCGCAUUGUCCUCAGGAAGGGUGGUGAGAGUGCCACAAUCCAGACCUACGGUCUCUUUGGCUUACCGUGGAGAUUCACUACAUCAAUCAACAACAUCUCCUGUGAACAUUCUAGAGAUGGGAUCCGUACCCAACUGCCCAUCAAGGUCAAGGGUCACCGACUUUUCUACAUCUUGGACAAGGAAGGAAAGUUUUACAAUGCAAGGUUGUUUGAUUAUAGUGUAGGUAUGCACAGGAUGUUCUGAAGUGAGGACCAAGGUUUGGAUGAACUGAACAGCCUUGGGGUUAUCUAUCAAAGGUCAAUGGCUAUUCUACAUCCUGGACAAGGAAGGAAAAUUUGACAAUGCAAGGUUGUUUGAUUACAGUAUAGGUAUACACAGGAUGUUCUGAAGUGAUGAUCAAGGUUUGGAUGAACUGAACAGCCUCGGGGUUGUCUAUCAAAGUCAAAGGUCACUGGCUUUUCUACAUCCUAGACAGAGAAGGAAAGUUUUACAAUGGGAGGUUGUUUGAUUACAGUGUAGGCAAGCAAGGAUGUUCUGAAGUGAUUGCCACCUAGCCUAAGGCUUGUAGGAUUGUGUGACAGUAGAUUCCUAGAUCUUGAAUGAACUGAAUAGUCAGCAUUCAACAUCCAAGAUUUGCAUAGGCUGUUCUAAUCCAUGAAGCCAUAGACUGGAAUGCCACAAGACAUUAUUAUAGGAAGGGACAGAGAAUUCGUAAGUGAUAUUUAUGAUUUGACUUGAUGCAAUUAUGUGUCAGUUUACCUAACAGGAAAGGAAAAUCAAGAAUUUUUCCUAGGGUAACAAAAUAUUUGGCUGUUUAUUGGAAUAAAGUGGUGAUGUGUAUCAUGAGGACUUUUAUAUCAUUAAUUCUACCUGAUGAAAUUAUCACAUUUUGAAAAGAUCCCCAUAACCUUUGAUGUACUUUGUACAGUUUCACAAAGUAAAUAGUGAUUUUUCACAGACUUAUUUUGCUUUGAGCCAAUCAAAUGCAAGAAUUUCAGUAGUUUAUUACAGUUGUCAGAUAAAAAAGACCAGCAAUAUUUUUCAUGUAAUGCUCCCCUGGUUUUUAUUUUACCAGUAUGCAUAAUUGUAGAUCUAAUGGAUCAAAUUUCAUAUUUCAUACUUUGAAUGGUUUUAAUAUGUAUCCUAUUUAAUAAAAUAAAUCAAGCAAAAUGAUAGUGAUCGCCACCAUUGAAAUUAUCCAAAUUUAAUCAUACACCACCUUUUGGACCAGAUAAUGUAGAUAGUUUCUUUGUGCAUCUUUUGGUACUCGAAUUAUGGGAAUUGAUCCGGAGUUAUGACGGCGUGGCCCAUUUUGAACUUCCACUUUGUCUAGAAAAAGAAAGAUAUAACAUUUUCAUAAGUUGGUCCACACAAAUAGCCAAUACAAAUUUUUCAUGAAUUUAUAUAAAGUCCUGCUUAUUUCAUCUCCUAAGCAAUUUGAAUUUCAUUUCUCUUAAAUGAAUCAUAUAGUAGAAUACAUGUACAUUCAUAGAACACUGAAGGAAAAAAAAGUACAUUAAAAGAAAAAAGCACCUGUUUGUUUAAUUUAAAGUUUUCCACAUGAUUUGUGAAAAAUAAUCAGCAUCAAUUUGCCCUUAUUAUUGUUUGUUUGGCAUCACCUGUGUUGUGAGGCGAAGAGCAAACUGAAUAACUAUGACCUGCAGGUCUCUCCUGAUAUAACUGAUUGGGGGGAGUGCAGGUAGACCACUACACCGGGGUUUCCCCCUACUCUUAUACAAAUAGUGCAGUGGGUUCUGAAAGUACAAUGGUGUGACUAUCCUCUACACAGGGCCUCCAUUAACAUCCUAUCCGAGGGACGGGCUUCAACCCACAACCUUUGGUUAGACAGGCAGAUACUUUACAGACUGAGCCCCUUAUUUGGGGAAAUUCAACAAACUGGAAAAAUAUGCAUCUUGUUUGUAUAAUUUCUGAUAAUGAAUUAAAUUUACAGAUCUAUACAUUUCUUGUGGAUAAUAGAUUACUGUGUAUCAACAUUCUUUACACUCAUUUUUUUAUUAUUUGAAAAAAAAUGGGGGGGAAAAUUCUGUUAUAAACUGAUACUGUCCCUGCUGUGUAAUAUGAAUGCUGCCAUCUGUGUUCAAAUUCAGCCAAUGUGAAAUGGGCAUCGAGUCUGGAUAAUCUUGUAUCACAACAUUGUCUUUUUGAUCAUGCACAUUUUAAGUAUGCAAGAACAAAUCAUAUGAUUGACAAUUGUUAUGGUUUAAAUAUUAUAAAA